AUGAGUAGUCAACGGCAUCUGGCCGACAUUCUUGAUGCUAACACAAAUGAAAGCCCAGAUGUACCACCUGCACCGGUGGAACAAGUAGCUGUAGCAGUACCAGCAACAACACCUGCACUUACGGCACCAGCACCUGCAACACCAGCAGCACCAACAGCAUCAACGCCAGUAGCAACAACACCGACAACAACACCAACAAUACCGACAACAACACCAACAACAUCGACAGGAGCACCAACAUCAACACCAACAUGGGCACCAACAACAACACCAGUACAAUCAACUGUGCCCGCAGAAUCAGCACCAGCAGCAGCGCUAGAAGCGGAACAAGCAGCUGGUGCGAGCAAGCAGCAAACAAGAGGCGUGCUGGAAGAUAAGGGAGGAUACGAUAAUAUGGUCGUCAGUGGGGAUGAGAACGAAUAG